UUUCGUCGUGGGCCGGAUUCAGCUCGUAGCAGCCGGUCCAGCUGCCCAGGGGCCGAUCCGCCCGUAGAGGUCGGCGACAGCAAACCCGUUUCUCCCCCGUUGUGCUCUGUGUUGGACUGUUGGUCGUCCUGUCCACUGCGCCCACUGCCGUCCGGCGAAGUCGAGCGGAGGCGCGGUGCAGGGAUCGCCGGGAACCGAGGCGGGGGGCGGCCGAGGAGAGCCUGCCGCCGGACUCGCCGAGGAAACGCCCCCCUCCAUGCGGGGGGACUCCCUGAGGGCAACAUCUUCCUUGAAGAGAGCCAACAACCAAGGAGACAGAGCACCAGGAUCAGCAGAGAAAUAUCCAAGAACUCCAAUGGCUGAUGAGUCAUGGAGGCUGCCGAAUUCAGUGCAGCAACUGGCUGCCAACAUGCAAGAACCACCGAGCCAGUACUUGCUCAGAGAGCAAGAACUGCUUGGUGGCAACCUUGCUGGUGCCGAGAUGCCGGAGCCCGUCCCAACAAUCGAUCUUGGCCUGCUGUCUGCAUCCAACGAUCCUGAGGAAGCCGCCAAGCUGCUGUCGGCGCUGAAGACCUGGGGAUUCUUCCAGAUUUCUAACCAUGGAAUGGAGGCCUCUAUGAUGGAUUCUGUGAUGAGCGCAUCAAGGGAAUUUUUUCACCUGCCGCUCGAAGAGAAGAAGAAAUGCAGCAACCUGAUAGAUGGCAAGCAUUUCCAGGUAGAAGGGUAUGGAAAUGACCAGGUGAGGACUCAAGAUCAGAGAUUGGACUGGUCUGAUCGACUGCACCUUAGAGUUGAGCCAGAGGGUGGGAGAAACCUUGCCCAUUGGCCUACACAUCCCAAAUCUUUCAGGGAUAAUCUACAUGAGUAUGCAUUGAAGUGCAAGAGAAUCAAAAGCGACAUCCUUCGGGCAAUGGCCAAGAUUUUGAAGCUUGAUGAAGACUGCCUUGGUAAUCAAUUUAACAGCAACGCCCCCACUUUUGCUAGAUUCAACCACUUCCCUCCAUGUCCAAGACCUGAUCUUGUCCUGGGCAUCAAGCCUCACGCCGAUUUCCCUGCUCUCACGGUUCUCCUCAUGGACAAAGAUGUCGCGGGGCUGCAAUAUCUUAGAGAUGGAACCUGGUACAAUGUUCCAGCUGCGUGUGACCACACCUUGCUGAUCAACAUUGGUCUUACAAUGGAGAUAAUGACCAACGGGAUCUUCAGGGGGCCAAUGCAUAGAGUUGUGACUAAUGCCGAUAAAGAGAGGAUAUCAGUGGCCAUGUUCUAUGGUGUGGAUCCCGAGCAAGAGAUCGGGCCGAUAGCUCAUCUGUUAAGUGUGGAGCAACCGGCACAAUACAGGAAAAUGAAGGCCAAGGACUUGUUAGUGUUGCACCAUGAACAUUACGCUGGAGGCCGAGGACCAAGAAUUGCCGAUGCACUGAAGAUCUAAGUAAGAUGACUGUAGCUCCAUGCUACAGUACCCAUGGAAAGUAAAUAAUUGAUGGCUGUUUGGUUUGUAGUAACAUGCUCUCUGAGCACUUUCAUAUUCUCUUAUCUGCUCAAGUGUCUCCGCCGUUCCUUCUUA